AUGCCAUCCAUACCAAUUCAUUUGCCCUCCCGUGCCAUGGCACCCUCGCGCGCUGAAAACCCUCUCCCCGAGCUUCUUCACACACCCUCCGGUCUCGCCCUACUAGAAAUUCAAGGCACAAUCCACUUCCCAACCCCCGCACCCUCUACUACUUCGACACAAAUCGGAAAGCUGGUUUUCCCGUACUACAAUCCCGACAUCAACGAUCCCAGCGACACAAAAUGGAUGAAGCGUGUGUACAUGUACGUUGGCAAGGGACAGAGGAUGACUGGCGAGUGCAAGAAGCUGGUCAAUCCAAUUGGCGUUAUGCGAAAGAGGGAAAGGAAAGAUGGUGGAGACGUUGAGAUGGGCGGUUUGGAGGACGAUGAUAAGGAAAAGAGAAACAAUGGUGGCGAGGAAGAGCUGGAGAUUGUGGAGGUUGUGAGGUACAAGAUUAUAUUUUCUUCGAGACCAGAACCUAUUAGUGGGGUUGCUGGGGCCGAAUGAGGCGGGAAAAUGUCGCUCAAUCCACCAUACUAGGUGGCAAUGGCCAUGGAACAGACGGCGUAAGGACAUUAUCCCGCACACCAAAUGUCCCACCCACCGAGAUCAGCAAGCAGCCAUUGUGCCUCCUGCAAACCAUACAACAUAUAAAAAGGAUGGCGGUAUCAGGGAAAGAAGCCCCUGGCAAGCUGUAGCAUGAUACGAUACGCGCUGUACCCGGGCUUUUUUGAGGCUCGGUGGCAAUGAGUCUCAUCCUUGGCUACUACGACAAACUAUUACUUGGCCAGUCAAGCCUCAGAACUAGCGAUCAAGCAAUAUAUUGUUGCCAAAUGGAGAUCGCUGUCUCGGCCCCGGUCCCGGGUUAUGGCGCUCGCUUGCAGGCAUAGGGUACUUUAUCCACUUUACACGGCCAACGGUCCGACAAUCAUGGAUAUGAACACUAUAUCCAGAAUCACAUGGUUCAUGUUCUGGAAGCUAGAUCGAAAAGUAUAUCAUGUCGCUUUUGUAUGC